AGUGUAAAUAAACUUUAAGAAAUUAUUAUUAUUCCUUAAAGGAAGCAAAAUUCCAAAGCAUUUACCUAGGCAUGAGCUAGAUACCUCAGUGGUGUCAUAAGACAGCAGAGCUCGACCAGGAUAUCCAUCUUAUAAUCAUAAUGAACGCUUCGGAUAAGAAUGACAAUGAUACUGAUUCCUUGGGCGACGAGCAGGAUCAGGAAGUGCGCCAAAUACUAGAUUCAAUCGAAAGCUUAGAUGAUGUCUGCACAACAUUCAAGUCGAAAAGUGUUCAAGAAUUAAACGCUCAAAAGUCAAGUGAAGUUCCCAAAUCUGACCAGGAAAAGGUUCACACGUCAGCAUCGAAAUACAAUUCUAAUCCAAAGCCAGAAAAACUUACUUCUGAGGCAGAUCCAGAUAGCGAAUACACGCGUUUUCUGAAUCAGAUGAGCGUUCGUUACUCAGAGUUUCGCAUUGCCUCGGGUCAAGUAGUUCAACAAAAGGGUCAGACAAUGGACUUCCGGGAUUAUAACUAUAGCGAAUAUCCAGUAUGCCAACCUUCGUGUAGCUGGCAAUCCUUUGACCCAAUGACACAGGACUCGACAUCUGGACAAAGAGAGAUGGAAUCGUCUUCUAGUUCGCCCGGGCAGAUGUCUCAAAAUCAAUAUGGCUAUGGUCAAUCUCUUCCGGAAACCGGAUCAAGAUCGGACGAGACCAUUGUCAACGAUCCCAGUACUACCAGUUCAGCGCCAUGUGAGAGUCCUUGCUGCUCCAAAGAGACUUGUGGCUGUUGCUGUGAUAUCCAUUCUAGUCAGCAAUCUGGAUGCUCUCAAUGGGAUCAGACUUAUCCUGGCCAGCAACAGCACAUUUUUCCUGUUCCAAUGGGUGUCGAUCCGAGUACCGGAUUUCCCAUCUACUGUUACUCUACCCCACUAAAUUAUCCAGGCAAUGCCAUGUACUCUAUGCCAGGCAUGCAAAUGGAUGAAAGUCAAAGGGGAGGCGGUGGCCAGAACAACCGGGAAACUGGUACGAAAUGUCCAACUUCAUCAGAAUCUUCAGAGGAAAAUUGUCAUUCAAAUGGGGAUAGUGCUUUAUUUCAUCAAAGUCCUAACAACUUCGACAUGGAGGCCUUUAUGCAAAAGUACCAGAAGAGUGUGCAGCAAUGUUAUGCCACUGCACAACAAGGAAUUCAACAAUCAUUUGCUAAUGCUCAAAGUCAGCCGUGUUUCAAUAACUUUACGCAGGGAACUCAACAGUUUUAUAACAAUGGUACUGGGGCAGGUACGCAUUCAAUGUUUGCCACCCCCAAUCAAGGUAUGCAUUCAAUGUUAGGCAGCCCCAAUCAAGAUUGUCAAGGCAUGCAACAGGCAUUCAGUUCUUCUUUCGGUGCUCAACAAUAUUAUAGCAAUGAUGGUCUAGGUGCUCAACAAUGCUUUUCCUCAUCGAUGGGAAUGCCUUCCCCUAAUUGGUUUGCCAGUAACACUGGAUUUAUGAGCGACUCUCUGCAGAACCACACAGUAUACUCCUCAGACUACAAACCCUUUUCCAACGAUGGCAACCACUUUAACCACUUCCCCAAUGGCAUGGACAUCGGCUUGGCCUCCGGACCCUGUAACAUCUACGGUCCAGCUGGAUCCCCUGGCCUGGUUGAGAUGGGCAACGGUGGUCAGGUCUAUGGCAUGGGUGGUGCCUGCGAAAUGAAUAUGAACGCUUAUCCUCUCAGUCAAAUGAGUUAUUCAAGUCCCUAUUCCUACGAUAUGUCUGGUGGUUCCACACCGAACUGCAUUCCAGCACCAGGUAUUCCUAUGGCUACUCCUCAAAGGCAAGCUAGUCAUAUAAGUAGUGUAAAUCAAGUGCAACAGGGCUGAAUCGGAAGGAACACCGUGCGUGAGAUGGUGGAUAUGAACAAUAAUUAUAUAUAUUAUAUUAUUAUACUCUUAAACAAUAA